GCUCGCAGUUGCUUUCGCCAUCAUUCGCCGCGAGCCAACGCGAAGGAAGGUAGGAAGCAUCUCGAACUUCUCUUCGAACGCUUGGAAUCUCAUCGAUUGCCUCGUUCUCCGGCGAAGUGAAGGACGAUGUGGACUCGACCGGGGUACGGAAAGGGCGCCGGGGACGUUGAGGCGGCUGUGGCGCAGCCGCUGUACCCGAUGAUGAUGGAGCCGCCGGAGCUUCGCUGGGCCUUCAUCCGGAGGAUCUACUCCAUACUCGCCUUCCAGAUGCUAAUCACCGUCGCCGUCGCCGCCUUCGUCGUCUCCGUUCCCUCCGUUUCCCACUUCUUCGUCUCCUCCGGCGCCGGCCUCGGCCUCUACAUCUUCCUCAUCCUUCUUCCCUUCAUCGUCCUGUGCCCGCUCUACUACUACUAUCAGCACCACCCCUUAAAUUUCAUUCUACUCGGAAUUUUUACGGUCUCCAUCAGCUUCGCCGUCGGGUUGACGUGUGCCUACACCAGCGGAAAAGUAAUUCUGGAGUCGGUGAUCCUCACGGCGGUAGUGGUUGUGAGCCUCACCCUGUACACCUUCUGGGCAGCUUCCAGAGGCCACGAUUUCAGCUUCCUUGGACCAUUUCUAUUCUCCGCCAUCAUCAUACUGAUGCUCUUUGCUCUCAUCCAGGUGAUAUUCCACUUGGGAAGGAUCUCUACUAUGAUUUAUGGAGCUAUCGCUGCAAUUAUAUUCUGUGGAUACAUCAUCUAUGACACAGAUAAUCUGAUCAAACGCUACUCCUACGAUGAGUACAUUUGGGCAGCGGUGGCGCUGUACUUGGACAUCAUCAACUUGUUCUUGUCUCUGCUUACUUUGUUCAGAGCAUCUGAAAGUUAAUUAAGGAAGAACCAAGUAAGCCUCAACAAUGCGCUGUUAGUACUCGAGGUCAAUGUUCAAAGCCGUAACUUGAAUCGCAUGUAAUGAAAAUGUUGUUCUCAGUGGAGUUUUCAGAAAUCAGAAUGGAGCUUUAAAUGCCAAAUUUCCAAAUUUGUUGAAGAUGAUAUAUUGUUGAAUAAAAGUGAAUGGAGAAGAGGUGGAAGAGAGAAAGAUGUUUCAUUAUGAAUGUAAUUUUAGUGUCAUAUGACAUGAUGGUUGAUUUAUAUUAAUUCA